CCUCCUUGACGUUUCUAUGACGUUUAAGGAAGUCCGUGUGUUGACAGGCAGAAGCAGGACGCACGUGCGCUAUGUUGCACUCUAGUAAUUUGAUUCAACUUUUGGUUGCAUGUGAUGCACCGAAAAUCGAUAUUCAUUCUGUACCACUGGUCGAAAACUCUGGAGAAUUAUUUUCUCAGCAGUUAUUCAGGAGAAGCGAUGGACCGGAGAAAAACAGCUCACCGUUUACAUUCACACCGCAACGAUUCCGUCUCGACAAAGAUGAUGAGUUUUUUGCGGAUGGCGAUGUGCACAGACACUUGUACUUGCAGGAUCUUGUGACCCCUCACACAGAAGGACCGCCAGCUUUAAACAUUUCAGAAUUCCAGUGUCACGUUGCUGGCUGUAAGCAGCUGUUUGACACUCUAGAGACAUACGAACACCACUACAAUUCACUUCAUCGUCAUGUGUGCUCCAGCUGCAAGCGCUCCUUUCCGUCCAAUCGUCUUCUGGAUAUACACAUAUUAGAGUGGCAUGACUCUCUUUUUCAGGUCAUGGCAGAGAGAGAGUGUAUGUAUCAGUGUUUGGUUGAGGGAUGUGGACUAAAAUUCCAAACCAGUAAAGAAAGGAAAGAGCACCUGAUCACAACUCAUAGCUAUCCAGCAGACUUCAGGUUUGACAAACCAAAGAAAAUCAAAAGAGGAUCAAAAAAGGAUAAGAUUCCUCAGCAAAAGGAAAUGUGUCCAGCAGGCCCUGGUAAUGUAGUAAGUCAACAUGGAGAAUUGGAAAAUUGUGAGUUGAUGGAGACCCAAGAGUCUGAGAGUCCUGUGCCUGUUCUUCCUGAGCGACUGAAGCCACAUUAUUCAUAUAAGGUUCCACCAACUAUCUGCUUUGGCCAAGGCUCAGUCCGGGGCUUUAGAGGUGGAAGGAAAAAGAAGUAAAGAAAAGCUUGCAUAUGUUAAAUAAUUUAUAUCUUUUAUAUGACCUUACUUUUUUGUGCAUCCAGAAUGAUAUUAGAGUACUAUUUUUUUUUUUUUUUUUUACAAUAAAAAUAGCUAAAAUCCCAA